ACCUCCUCCUCCUCCACCUCCUCCCCAUUCUCCACCACCUCCUCCUCCACCACCUCCUCCACCUCCACUACCUCCCCCUCCUCCACCACCUCCUCCUCCACCACCCUCCACCUCCUCCACCACCUCCUCCUCCUCCACCUCCUCCACCACCCCUCCACCACCUCCACCACCACCUCCACCACAGUUGUUGUGAGAGGAGCAGAGACCAGCCAGACUCUGACCGUCUCAUCACCAGACGACCCGAAGCUGUCGCUUCUCCCAUCCAAAUAAACAAAGGGUCCAUUUGAAGAUGUAUCCUCAGGGCCGACAUCCCGCACCUGGACAUGGUCAGCCGAGUCAGCCUGGGUUCAAGUUCACUGUAGCAGAGUCCUGCGACAGGAUCAAGGACGAGUUUCAGUUCCUGCAGGCCCAGUAUCACAGUCUUAAGGUGGAGUACGACAAGCUGUCCAAUGAGAAGACAGAGAUGCAACGUCACUAUGUCAUGUAUUACGAGAUGUCCUAUGGGCUCAACAUAGAGAUGCAGAAACAGACCGAGAUCGCCAAGCGGCUCAACGCGAUUCUGGCUCAAAUUAUGCCUUUCCUGUCACAAGAGCACCAACAGCAGGUAGCCCAGGCAGUAGACCGAGCUAAACAGGUCACCAUGACUGAGCUCAAUGCCACCAUCGGGGUACGUGGGCUUCCCAAUCUGGCCCUCACCCAGCAACAGCUCCAGGCUCAGCACCUGUCCCAUGCAGCCCACGGUGGUCCUCCCCUCCUGGCCGCCCACCCCUCCGGGCUCCAGCCUCCUGGGAUAAUCCCAGGGUCUGGGCUGCUGGCCCUGGGAGCUCUGGGGAGCCAGGCUAACCUCCCUGUUAAGGAUGAGAAGAAUCAUCACGAUGUGGAACACAGAGAAGCUACUUCUAAUAACGUUUCCCCGACCGACAGCCUGAGAACAGCCAGUGAGAAACACAGCUCCUCCGACUACAGUCUGGACUCUAAGAAACGCAAAGUGGACGAGAAGGACAGUAUGAGCAGAUACGACAGUGAUGGAGAAAAGAGUGAUGACCUGGUCGUAGAUGUGUCCAAUGAGGACCCCGCUACCCCUCGGCCUAGCCCCGCUCACUCGCCCGAGGGGAACGGCAUCGGUAAGCCCCGCCCCCAGAAGGACACGCCCACCAGCCCCGCCUCUGUAGCGUCGUCCAGUAGCACGCCCUCCUCCAAGAACAAGGAAAACCAUAAUGACAAGUCAUCAAUUCCAGGCCUGAAGUCGACCACCCCCACCCCUCGUAGCGAUGCCCCCACCCCAGGCACCUCCACCACUCCUGGGCUGCGGCCCAUCCUGGGCAAACCCCCUGGCAUGGAGGCUCUGGCUCUGAGGACUCCCCUGUACCCUCCCUUCGUUAUGAUGGGUCAUCAUCCUGAGAUGAACGGAGGUCUGACCAGCCCUGGUGUCUACGCUGGACUGCACGUCUCCCCUCAGAUGAGCGCUGCCGUUGCUGCGUACGGACGAACGCCCAUGGGAUUUGAUCCUCAUCCCCACAUGAGACCGGGUCUUCCAGCCAGUCUCACGUCUAUAUCUGGAGGAAAACCAGCCUACUCCUUCCACGUGAGUGCGGACGGCCAGAUGCAGCCGGUACCGUUCCCUCCGGACGCCCUGAUAGGCCCGGGGAUUCCCCGCCACGCCCGUCAGAUCAACACGCUGAGCCACGGCGAGGUGGUGUGUGCCGUCACUAUAUCCAACCCAACCAGACACGUCUACACAGGAGGGAAGGGCUGUGUCAAGAUCUGGGACAUCAGCCAACCGGGCAGCAAGAGUCCUGUCUCUCAACUAGACUGUCUGAACAGGGAUAACUACAUCCGUUCCUGUAAGCUGCUCCCUGACGGUCGUACCCUGAUCGUAGGAGGAGAGGCCAGUACUUUAACCAUCUGGGAUCUGGCCUCCCAGACGCCUCGUAUCAAGGCUGAGCUGACGUCCUCCGCCCCGGCCUGCUACGCCCUCGCCAUCUCCCCAGACGCCAAGGUCUGUUUCUCCUGUUGCAGUGAUGGGAACAUCGCCGUCUGGGACCUGCACAACCAGACUCUCGUCAGGCAGUUCCAGGGCCAUACGGACGGGGCUAGCUGUAUAGAUAUCUCUCACGAUGGGACCAAGCUGUGGACAGGAGGUCUGGAUAACACGGUACGCUCCUGGGACCUGAGAGAGGGACGACAACUACAGCAGCACGACUUCACCUCACAGAUCUUCUCUCUAGGAUACUGUCCGACCGGGGAAUGGUUGGCUGUAGGGAUGGAGAGCAGUAACGUAGAGGUCCUUCACCACACCAAGCCUGACAAAUACCAGCUACAUCUCCACGAGAGCUGUGUCCUCUCCCUCAAGUUCGCUAACUGCGGUAAAUGGUUUGUGUCUACAGGGAAGGACAACCUGCUGAAUGCCUGGAGGACUCCAUAUGGAGCCAGUAUAUUCCAGUCGAAGGAGUCUUCGUCAGUCCUGAGCUGUGACAUCUCAGCAGACGACAAGUACAUCGUCACAGGCUCCGGGGACAAGAAGGCUACUGUCUACGAGGUCAUCUACUAGAGACAGACACAGACGGACGGACAGAUGGGAUUAUGGUGGAGUGGAGGACCUCAGAUGGGAUUAUGGUGGAGUGGAGGACCUCAAGUGGGAUUAUGGUGGAUUGGAGAACCUCAAAUGGGAUUAUGGUAGAUUGGAGAACCUCAGAUGGGAUUAUGGUGGAGUGGAGGGCCUCAAAUGGGAUUAUGGUGGAGUGGAGGACCUCAAAUGGGAUUAUGGUGGAACCUCAGAUGGGAUUAUGAUGGAUUGGAGAACCUCAAAUGGGAUUAUGGUGGAGUGGAGGACCUCAAAUGGGAUUAUGGUGGAACCUCAGAUGGGAUUAUGGUGGAGUGGAGGACCUCAGAUGGGAUUAUGGUGGAGUGGAGGACCUCAAAUGGGAUUAUGGUGGAUUGGAGAACCUCAGAUGGGAUUAUGGUGGAGUGGAGGACCUCAAAUGGGAUUAUGGUGGAUUGGAGGACCUCAGAUGGGAUUAUGGUGGAGUGGAGGACCUCAAAUGGGAUUAUGGUGGAUUGGAGAACCUCAGAUGGGAUUAUGGUGGAGUGGAGGACCUCAAAUGGGAUUAUGAUGGAUUGGAGAACCUCAGAUGGGAUUAUGGUGGAGUGGAGGACCUCAAAUGGGAUUAUGGUGGAUUGGAGAACCUCAGAUGGGAUUAUGGUGGAGUGGAGGACCUCAAAUGGGAUUAUGGUGGAGUAGAGGACCUCAGAUGGGAUUUUGGUGGAUUGGAGGACCUCAAAUAUGAUUAUGGUGGAGUAGAGGACCUCAGAUGGGAUUUUGGUGGAUUGGAGGACCUCAAAUAGGAUUAUGGUGGAGUGGAGGACCUCAUCAUGCUCAGGAACACUGGAUGACUCCUUCCUCCCUCACAGAGACAGACAUCCUGGAUGUGAUGUUGGCGUUCUGGAGUCUGCUGGCCCACAGCCCCCCCCGGCUAUCUGGGACACUUCGCUGACCUGGGUAGGAGGGCCGGGCCGGGGCUGAGUUUGGCCAAACGUGACCAGACUGGUAUUGGCUCUGCCAGCCCUCCCUCGUCAGGACUAAGGAACUACUCUCGCUGAGGGAGUUAAAGCAGCUCCAGAGGAAGUAAGAGAAGAAGAAAAAUAUUGUUUUUCAAUCACUAUUUGUUUUAUGUGUCUCGGCGACACAAAGAGGGUACAGAGGAGAGAGGUUCGAGGUUCAGUUUGACUCAGCGUGAAGAAGCAGCCUGUGUUUAAUCAAAUGUACAUAGUAGUUUAGCUGGUGUACAUGACGGCGGAAUAAAAGGCCUUUGUUUUCUGGUGUCCAGAUUCACUCUCUCUGGUUCUGCCUGUGUGAUGGUUCUCUCUGCAUGUAUCUGGGCUCCCGAGUGGCGCAGAGGUCUAAGGCACUGCAUCUCAGUGCUAGAGGAGUCAUUACAGUCCCUGGUUCGAAUCCCAGACUGCGUCACAUCCGGGCCGUGAUUGGGAGUCCCACAGGGCGGCGCACAAGUUACCCAGCAUCGUCCGAGUUUGGCCGGGGGGGUGGGGUAGGCCGUCAUUUGUAAAUAAGAGUUUGUUCUUGCCUGGUUAAAUAAAGGUUCAAUUUAAAAAAUCAAA